AACAAACAAACAUACAGGGGCAGUCUUCCUGGGAAAGAACAGGGCAAAAAAAAGGGUAGAAAUGCCACCAAACCCUGAGUAUCUUCCUCAUUAACAGAUGAAGAAACAGAAGAGAGAGGAAAAAUAAAGGUCUUGAAGGGGAAGAGAUCAUGAUAAGACAGAACACGGGUCGAUCCACUCGAUCCAUCUAUCUGGGUCUGGCGUGUCUGUCCCUCGCUCUCCACCUCCUUCUGGCAUUUUUUUGUCUCUCUGUCCUCCAGACAGCCUGUGUCCUUCCCACCUCGUCUUCCUCCUCAGUUCCAAGAACAGAUACUCAGCACCAUCAGUCUAUCUCCCACUCCUCCUCUUCCUCUGCUGUCUCUUCACAUAAACUGCCAACGAUCUCCCAGAAUGAAGAGCAUCACAAACUGAAUGCCACAACGUUUCACCCUAAGGAGAAAGACCCAUUCAGUGGUGCCACUGAGAGGGGAAAGAAACUGAUUGGAGCUGGAAAAACGAUUCAAAAGGUCAAGGGUCGUUCUAAGCUGGAGGCGCUGUUUGAGCACCCGCUGUACAACCUGCCACGCCCAGAGCUGCAAGAAGAUGAUUGGCUGCUGAGGUUGAAGACAAAUGAACAUGCAAGGGAGGCAGGAAGUGAAGAGGAGGAGGAAGAGGAGAGGGAAGACGCCAUCAGUAAUGACAGUGAGUGGCAGAGUGCCAGUCGGGAGGAACGCUAUGACAAAGUCACUUGGACGAGCGACGUGGAUACCCACCCUCUGUGGCUGCGGUUCCACCUGGGCAUUUCUCGCCAGGAGCUGUAUGACAGGAAGGAUCCCAACCUGGCCCAGCUGACUCAUUAUUUAGCAACGCAACGUAUCGUCAAGGCUGUUCAGAAGACAGGAGGAACCCAGCUCAAACUGGUCAUGUCGUUCCCCAACUACGGACAAGCUCUGCUGAAACCCAUGAAACAAUCCAGAGAUGCAGAGACGGACGUAAACCUCUUCUACUUCUCAGACUUUGAAAGACACAACGCAGAGAUCGCUGCAUUCCACCUUGACAGAUUGUUGGGCUUUAACAGGGUCCCUCCGGUGGUCGGUCGACUCAUCAAUGUCACCGCAGAGAUCAGAGAGAUCACCACUGACCACAGGCUGUCUAGGACCUUCUUCACGUCCCCUGUGGGGAAUGUGUGUUUCUACGGCCGGUGUGAGUACUACUGUUCAACUGAGCACCCAGUGUGCGGUCAGCCACAUGUACUGGAGGUUUCCCUGGCUGCCAUGCUACCUGACCUCACCCUCGCUCCCCGCAGGUCCUGGAGGUCUCCGUGGAGACGCUCCUACAGUCGCAUCAAGCUCGCACAGUGGGAGAAGGACCCGGCGUUCUGUGACACAGUGAAACAGACGCCUCCUUACAACCACGGCACCAGACUGGUGGAUCUCAUAGACAUGGCUGUGCUGGACUUCCUCAUGAGCAACAUGGACAGACAUCACUAUGAGACGUUUGAGAAAUUUGGCAAUGAGACUUUUCUGCUGCAUCUGGAUCACGGACGGGCGUUUGGGCGUCACUCUCGAGAUGAGCCGUCUAUUCUAACUCCUUUGCAACAGUGUUGCAGGAUCCGUCGCUCCACCCUCCUCCGCUUGCGCCUCUUAUCUCUCCCUGGCUUCCGUCUGAGUGAUGUCAUGCGUGAGUCAUUGGCCCAGGAUCCUCUGGUAGGGGUGGCCCCCCUUCUCUCUGAACCACACCUCUCUGCUUUGGACCGACGCCUUGCAGCCAUCCUACAGGUGGUGCAGACCUGUCAGCAUCACCACAAAGACGUAAUUUACAACGAUUUGGUGGGAUAUAAUCACGACUACGAUCAACAGCUUGACUGAGGGGGGAAAUGAUAUAUUAGUCUCGUAUGGCUGUGUUGAAAUAAGGGUUUCAUUAUAGAUUUAGGGUAAAAGCUGGUGAAAAUGGAGCCAAAGGUUGACAGCUUUGAACAUCCCCCUGCAAUAUUCAGAACAUUGAAGUACAUGUAAUAUUUUCCAAUAUCAAGAUGCUCAUGAGUGAAUAAAUUGGUUCGUUCAAUAUGCUGAAUCCAUAAAACAUCACAACCACAGGCUUCUACCUUGAAAAAGACUGAACAGGUCAAUCGAUUAACUUUAGUCAUUAAAGAAUGAUGGAUGUAUAAGGGAUAAAAAAUGUAUCUCAUAUUCUUUUCCAAGGUAAACUGUACCCCCCGAAACUCUGCCCGCGAACGGUGGUGCUCAUAGUUAUUGUGCGGUAAUUAUGAUAUAGACAAAGUACCUGUUAAGUUCUCUGCUUUUCAUCGACAGGCCUUUUUGUCACGGGCCCUAAUUUAUAAACAUAAUUUCUCUCCGCACCAAUAUUAUAUCUGGAACAAUCACGACAUUUUCUAUAAAAACAAGUCCCUCUUCUUGGAAUAUUGGUUCAGGAAUAACAUUUUACUGGUAAGUAAGCUUGUAAAUGAGGAGGGCUUUCUUCUUAGUAAUCAGGAAUGUCUAUUUCUACUAUAUGGGAGCCCUGUAACACCCAGAAACUUUGCUCUGGUUUUGGAUGCAAUCCCUUCAGGAAUGUUAAUAGACCUGACCUUCAGAUUGUACCUGCAUUUGAUCCUGGUGUCGAGUAGGUAUGGUCUGCUUCUCUUCCCAUCCACAUAACAACAGGGAUAUUCAUGCCUUGUUCCAAGAAGAUAUUGUCAAUAUGUCAAUUUUUACUGGAACCAAUUUGUCAAUGAUCUGUGCUGAAGAAACAUUUGGAUGCUGCCCCAUAAACACUUACUUAUUAACAAGGUUAUGGAAGUAUCCUUAAAGAUUAUUCAUAGAUUCUAAGGAUAGAUUAAAAAGGACACUGAUCCUAACUGGACCUUCUGUAAGACUCAGAUAGACUCAAAGAAAUUAUAUUACAUUUGUUUUGUCACUGUACUUGUGUAAAACUAUUUUGGCAGGAUGUAUGUACAUUUAUCAAUGAUAAUAUCUAUCCAGGUUCAACUUGU